CAGUGCUCGCGGGGCGGGGACAAGGCGACGCCUUGCGCCUGCGGAUCCCGUGACUGCGCGCCCCGCCCCAGGUCGCCGCCGUCAUGCAGUCCCCACCGGUGCUCGUCACCUCCAGGCAAGUCCAGAAUGCGCACACGGGCCUUGACCUGACGGUGCCCCAGCACCAGGAGGUGCGGGGCGGCAUGAUGUCGGGGCACGUGGAGUACCAGAUCCUGGCGGUCACCCGGCUGGCUGCGUUCAAGUCGGCCAAGCACCGGCCCGAGGAUGUCGUGCAGUUCUUGGUCUCCAAAAAGUACAGCGAGAUCGAGGAGUUUUACCAGAAACUGAGCAGCCGCUACCCCGCGGCCAGCCUUCCCCCGCUCCCCAGGAAGGUCCUGUUCGUUGGGGAGUCCGACAUCCGGGAACGGAGAGCCGUGUUCGACGAGAUUCUGCGCUGCGUCGCCAAGGAUGCCGAACUGGCGGGCAGCCCGGAGCUGCUGGAAUUCUUAGGCACCAGAUCUCCGGGGGCUGCGGACCUCACCAGCAGAGAGGUCUCUGUCCUGGACACAGACAGCCACGCAGGGGACGCUGGGGAGGCUUUCGACUUCUUCCAGCAGCAGGAGCAGGCGGAGGGGCCGCCCAGCCCAGGCCAGAAGGAUGAGGGUGCAGAGGAGUCCUCAGAAGAGGAGGAGGCCCUGGACCCUCUGGGCAUCAUGCGCUCCAAGAAGCCCAAGAAACGCCCGGAGGCGGCCGUGAAGCCCAGGCCCAGACCCUCGCCCCGGCUCACCAUCUUUGACGAAGAGGCGGACCCCGACAAGGGGCUCUUCCGCCCGGGCAGCAAGCUCUCCCCGCAGAGGCCCGCGGAGGACACCGCCCCCAGGGACCCCCUGAAGUUGUUUGACGAUCCUGACCUCGGCGGGGCCGUCGCCCUGGGUGACCCCUUACUGCUGCCGGCAGCCUGCGCGAGUGGAGGGCCCACCGCCCGCCUGGGCCACAGAGAGGCCCCCGAGGAUCUGUUCAGAGUCGAAGAGGACUUGGACCAGAUUCUGAACCUGGGGGCUGAGACCAAACCCCAGCCCCAGCCAAAGCGUAAGCCGCCAGUGGCAGCUAAGCCAGCGCUACCCAGGAAGCCGGCUGUCCCCGCCAGAGCGGGCCCACCUGAGGCCGUGGCCGGGCAGCAGAGGCAGCAGCAGCAGAUCCAAGCCAUGGACGAGAUGGACAUCUUGCAGUACAUCCGGGACCAUGACACGCCUGGCCAGGCCGCCCCCAGCCUCUUCUGACCCUUCCUCCCCACCGGCUGCCAGCUGGCCUGGGCUGGCAGCCCCUCACCCAGGGCGAGGGGGGCUGUGCCUUGCAGGCCAGGCCCUGUGGUCCCAGCGGAGGGAGGAUGGCAGCCAGGGCACAGGACGCCUCUACUCCCUUGCUCCCUUUUCUCUGGCCCAUGGGGUCAUGGAACGCUGCAGGGUGCAGAGAGAAGGUCACGACCAUAGGCAUUGAGCCCAGCUGUCUCAGCCAUGUGCAUGUGGAGGGAGAGCAGUGGGGACACCUCACUAACCACGAGCCCGGCCCUAAGGAUGGCCUGAGACUGGGGGAAGCCAGGGGGGCCUCACCCAGGGCAGGAAAGCUCUGUGUCCGCUCGUACCCACCGGCUCCACCACCUCAGCGCAGGAGGGAGGGUCUGCCACCCUGGGCUGGGGCUGGGGGACCAGAGUCUCCGGGCCGCAUGGCUCCAGGGCCUGUAAGCUCUGGGAGGGUGCCCCAGGAGAGGGGUGCAGAGUGGGUGCCUACGGGAGCCUGGCUGCGUGGGGUGUCCCUGAGUCGCCUCUGGUCACCAGGUGCUGAGCAGGGUGCUUUCCCCUGUGUCCAACUUUAGGGAUGUGGGGCCGUGGGUGGCCCAGCAAGCCGGGUCCGCCUCUCUCCCUUUCCGGGAAAGACCUGGCCAGACUGACCACGGCCCCCCUGGGCCUCUGGCUGUGACACCAGUGCCGUGCUGAGCAGAGCGGUCACUGCCUCCUGCAGAGCCCGGCCAGCCCGGCGUGUCCCCCACCCCUGCGCAGAGCCGACUCGGGCCCGGUGCUCUCCGGCUGCUGCUUCCAGGCCUCAUCUCUCCAGUGGCAGGUGCCGCCAGGCCCUCCCUGCCCUCCAGGUCUGGACGUGCUCACCGGCCUUGCACAGUGGGAGCUGCCUUCCCAGGGAGAAGGAGCCUUGUCCUGGGGGAGGGCCAGUGCCUUAGAUGUACCCUACAACCCCAUGCCCGGCUCACAGGCCUAGGCUUGGGCUGGGAGCGGUGCUCAGGAAACCCUCAGUGAGUGAGUGAUGUUUAAUGGACCAGAGAAUGCCUUUUUAUGAUAUAUUCUUCAUGUUCAGACCUAGUUGUUAGUGAAACACAAGUUUUUUAUGAAAUGCAACCACUCUUGUCCCUGGCUUGCCUGACAGGGGCAUUGGAAGGGAGUUCCAGACGAGGACCCCAGCCCUUUCCUAGUUGGGGCCAACAGCCAACCCCGGGGGUGGGGGGCCCUCUGGCCCGGGCUGGGGGCUUGCUGCCGUCGGAGCCCCUGGGUCGCCUGUCCCUGCCCUGUGCCAGGGCCUGUGGGUAGUGGGGGCACUCCGUCUGCUCUGUCGUGUGUCUCGCUCACCCCCGUCAGCUGCCCAGUCCGGGAAUGGCCAUCCCCAACUCUCCACCUCUGUCACAGAGAGAGGGAGCAGGCAGUUCUGGGGCCCGGGAGCUGGUUCCUCCCCGUCUUUGCCUUACCCCAGCUCCUAGGGCCCCGCCGCUCCAGGCCCUGAGCGGGCUCUGGAACAACAGCCUCAGCCCCGGCUAUUAGCAGGUGCCACUGCUGUGCACUGCCUGGCCUUCAGGCCCCACCCAGCCCCGCCCACUGGCUUGCUGGCUGCAGGCAGUGUUGAGUGACAGGUGAUGGGCCCACUCUGCCCGGGCUCUUUCCUGCCCUGUUCUCAACUCUGUACCCUAUGCCAGCUCUCCGCCCUUUCCGGGACGCCCCCUCCCACCAACGUGUGACGUGGGAGCAGAGUGCGUGGCCGACAGGUGCCUGGUGCCCAUGGGGGCUGCCACGCUAGUGCGAGUUUAUCCACUGAGGCCCGGCCGGCCUCCUCAGUGGCUUGGUACUCUCUGGUCACCUCGCCCAAGGCGUAUGCUUCCCAGAUUCCAGUGCUCAAACUGCGGCUGGCUUUCACCUUGGGUCUGUGAACUACUGGCGAAUCCGUGGCACUCAUUCAUGCAAUAAAGUCUGU